AUCCUAAACAGUGUGACAUCUCGAUGAGUUAAUGUGUUGAAGUUGUCAUUAAGCAACAAUGUCUACAGUUGAGACUUUGAGACAGUUUGUCAGCGAGCGACUGACUGCUGCUGCUGAAGAAAUAUUCGGAGUUUUGGAGAAAACUCUCGUCGUGUACGAGGACGAGAUCGAUCGUCAGCGGAAACUGCUGGAUAUCUUCUGGAAACCAGAAAUAAAGUUACACAGGAUAGAGCUCCAACAGCAGCAUGUUUGUAAGGAAGAGGAGGUUCUCGUUGACCAGCCGCUCAGUAUUCUGGAGAUAAAAUCUAGUCUGGAACAAGAAGACCCAGAUCCUCCACAGAACAAAGGGGAACAGCAGGAACUCUGCACCGGUCAGGAGGGGGAGCAGCUUGUCUUGGAGCAGGAGACUGAGGCCCUUAUGUUGACUCCUACUCCUGAAGAAAGUGACCAUGAUGAAGCUCAGACUGUGAACUUGAGUAUCGAUGAAACUCAGAGUGCAGUGGAGGAGAUGUCUGCUGAGAGCCAAGAUCAGAACGGAGGCCAGCAUCUGGAUUCAGGAUCCGCUGGAAGUACAGAGCCACGACUAAAGAGGAGACAUCGCAAAAACAGAAGUCACAGUAACAAGAUAAACAAUGCUGACAUGUCAAACAUUCACCGUAAAACUCAGACUCGUACAAAGCCUAUUGAAUGUGACACAUGCAGGAAAUGUUUCAAGAAUGACGACUUAUUGAAGUCACACAUGAAAGUCCACACAGAUGAGAAGCCAUAUUCUUGUAAAACAUGCGGGAAAGAUUUCAGGAAUAAUGCACAAUUGAAGGUCCACAUUAGAACCCACACAGGUGAGAAGCCGUACCUUUGCAACACCUGUGGGAAUAGAUUUAUUAACCAAAGGACACUGACCCGUCAUAUAAGAACCCACACAGAUGAGAAGCCAUAUUCUUGUAAAACAUGCGGAAAAGGUUUCAGAAGAAAAGCACACUUGACAGUCCAUAUGAGAACCCACACAGGUGAGAAGCCGUACAUGUGUAAAACAUGUGGCACAAAUUUUAUGCGUAAAGAUGAAUUGAAAGUCCACAUGAGAACCCACACAGGUGAGAAGCCAUAUUCUUGCAAGACAUGCGGCAAAGAUUUCAGGAGUAAAGCACCCUUGACAGUCCACAUGAGAACCCACACAGAGCUCCAACAGCAGCAUUUCUGUAAGGAGGAGGAUGUUUUCACCAUCCAGCCGCUCAUUAUUCUGGAGAGGAGCUCCAGUCCGGACCAAGAAGACCCAGAUCCUCCACAGAACGAAGGGGAACAGCAGGAACUCUGCACCGGUCAGGAGGGAGAGCAGCUUGUCUUGGAGCAGGAGACUGAUGCCCUUAUGUUGACUCCUACUCCUGCAGAAAGUGACCACGGUGAAGCUCAGACUGUGAACUUGAGUAUCGAUGAAACUCAGAGUGUGGUGGAGGAGAUGUCUGCUGAGAGCCAAGAUCAGAACGGAGGCCAGCAUCGGGACUCAGGAUCUGCUAGAAGUACAGGGCCACCACUAAAGAGGAGACUUCACAAAAAGAGAAGUCACAGUAACAAUAUAAACAAUGUUGACAUGUCAGAGUUUCACCGUAGAACUCAGACAGGUAAAAAGCCUAAUGAAUGUGACACAUGUGUGAAAUGUUUUAAGAAUGACUACUUAUUGAAGUUACACAUGAGAGUCCACACAGAUGAGAAGCCGUAUUCUUGCAAAACAUGCCGUAAAGAUUUCAGGCGUAAAGAUAAAUUGAAAGAACACAUGAGAACCCACACAGGUGAGAGGCCAUAUCCUUGCAAAACAUGCGGCAAAGGUUUCAGAAGAAAUGCACACUUGACAGUCCAUUUGAGGUCCCACACAGGUGAGAAGCCGUACACUUGUAAAAUAUGUGGCAAAUGUUUCGGGAAAAAAGAACAUUUAGAUGUCCACAAGAGAAUCCACACAGGUGAGAAGCCGUACAUGUGUAAAACAUGCGGCACAGAUUUUAUGCGUAAAGAUCAAUUGAAUGUCCACAUGAGAACCCACACAGGUGAGAAGCCGCACACUUGUAAAACAUGUGGCAAAUGUUUCAGGCACAACGGAGAUUUAACUGUCCACAUGAGAACCCACACAGGUGAGAAGCCUUAUUUUUGCAAAACAUGUGGCAAAUGUUUCACAUUUAACACUCGGUUGAAAGUCCACAUGAGAAGAGACCACACUGAAGAGAAGCAGCACAAGUGAGGAGCCACAUAAUUAAAGUUCUAGUAGAAAUGUUCUUUUUUCUUAAAUCACAUUCUUGAAAAAAGAUUUGAGGAUUGUGCUGAAACUCCUGUGUUGCAGUAGCUCCAUCAAACAUGAGAUGUCAGCAUCUUUUUGUAAUGUUUUCCUUUUCAUGACAUUGUUACCUCCAUGUCUGUUUUCAAACAGUGUUUCUUUAAAACAACCAUAGUCUCCUAAAUCAAGGAAAACAUUAUUUUCACAGUGAGUGCACAGGUGUUGCUGUUACAGUCAUGAUUUGAUCUGGAUGGUUGUUGUUUCUGCCAAAUGUCCAUUUGCAAUGUUGGAAUUACUUUUUGUUUGAAAUUGUACAAGACGAGUCUAAAUCCAUGUUCUUUCCAUAAUAUUUCAUAGUCUUAUAUAAAGCCUUUCACACUAAUUUGCAAGAAGAUAGAUUUUAUCUCAGAUACCGACUAGCAUCACUAUUUUAUGUUUUUUACAUUUUUAUAAGAAAUCUUGUGAAAUGUCUCUUCUUUUUUCUAUUUUAAUAAAGCAACCCAUUUAUGUGUCUGACCAAAAUUGUGACAUUUUUAUCUCUAUAAAUGAUCAUUCUUGGACCAUCAAAUUUUUCCCUGUUGUGGAACUAAUAAAGGAAUAUCUUAUGUUAUCUUAAUCAAAUGAGUUUCUCGUUAAAACUAGUGUUAGAGAAUAAAUCACCAACUAUUUAAAGUGCAA